AUGCCCUGCUAUUGUAACAAACGAAGACUUUCUGACUUGGACUUUUCCAAGUUUAAGAGGGUGGUAAUAAGGCUAGACCUUAACGUUCCCAUUCAGGGAGGCAAAAUUACCGACAACAAUCGAAUAGUCAAAGCUCUUCCCACAGUAAAUAGGAUUAUGGAAUGUGGAUCUCAACUGGUGGUGUUGAGUCACCUUUCUAGAAUCAAGAGCCUGGACGACAUAAAUUCCGGAAAGAAAUCACUUAAGCCCAUUGCGGAUGAAUUCAUGAGACUUCUUCCGGACAAGAAGAUUAUGUUUAUUUCGGAUAUUGCUCACGAAAAGGUUAAGGCUGCUGUGGAGGGUAAUCCAGAUGUGAACAUCUUCAUUCUGGAGAAUACCAGAUACUAUGAUGUGGAUUCUUCAGGUAGCGUGGUUAAGCAGGAAUCCAAGAAUGAUCCUGCCCUUGCAAAAUUCUGGGCAUCUCUAGGGGACGCAUUCGUGAAUGAUGCCUUCGGAACCACACAUCGAAAGCAUGCAUCCAACGUUGGAAUAGCGGGUUUCCUUCCCUCUGCAAUGGGAAUGCUAAUAGAGAAGGAGCUUAGAAACCUUUCGGAUGCGGUUGAAUCCAAAGCCUCUCCUAAAUUUCUGAUUUUAGGGGGAAGCAAGGUUUCGGACAAGAUUCAAUUAAUCAAUUCCAUAGCGCCUAAGGUGGAUAAGAUUCUUGUGGGUGGAGGAAUGGUUUAUACAUUCCUUAAGGCAAUGGGUAAGGAGGUUGGUAAGUCCAUCGUUGAGGACGAAAUGAUUGACCAGUGUAAAUCUAUGCUUCGGGAACAUGGGUCCAAGAUAGUUCUUCCGGUUGAUCACGUGGUUGCUCCUGAAUUUAAGGAUAUGGCAGGAAAGGUUGUUAGUGUCGAUGACACAAGUUGGAAGGAUAUGAUGGCUCUGGAUAUAGGACCAGCAACCGCAAAGCUAUAUUGUGACCUUCUGUCUGAUUCGAAGGUUGUGAUUUGA